CGCUCAGGUAACAUCAUUGUUCUUCAAUCCUUUGCCUUUUCAAUUUUCAGGAAUUUUCUUCAAUUUGAAAAGUUGUUUUUCACCUCAUCACCAUGUUCAAUAAACUUCUGUACUUGAAAUGUGUCACUUCCACAGCAACAUCACCUUACCCUUUUAUCCACCACUACCCAUUCCUCUUUUCUCUUUGUUUCUGCACAGCCACUUCAAAUUCACGCUCAUUUGCAAUAUCCUACCUCGUUGACAACUUUGGAUUCUCUCCUGAAUCUGCUUCCAAAACAUCUAAGUCCUACAAUAUUUGUUUCCAGACCUCAGAAAAGCCCGAGACUGUGAUCGGGUUCUUCAGAAAUCACGGUUUCUCUAAUAUUCAAGUAAACUAUAUGGUUAGAAAGGCACCGUGGUUGCUUUCUUGUGACCCCUGCAAAAGGUUAUUGCCAAAGUUUGAAUUUUUUCUCUCAAAGGGUGUUUCUAGGUCUGAAAUUGUUGACCUAAUAAGUAAGUACCCUAGAGUACUGCGUCCAAGCCUGGAGAAUCAUAUAGUCCCAACCUAUGAAUUGAUAUAUAAGUUAUUCCAAUCUCAUGUGAGGACUACUCGUUUUAUGUUUGGUAAUACAUUUUACUCUUUCAAGGAUCGUCUGGCACACAACAUCAGAUUGCUGCUAGAGAAUGAAGUGAGCGAAUCAAAUAUUGCAAGAUUGCUUGGGAACCAUAGUAAGGCGGUCUAUACCUCAAAUGAUAUAGUUAAGUUGGUGAAGGAAGUAAAGGAUUUGGGGUUUGAUCCUUCAAAAGAAAGUUUUGUUGUAGCGAUGAUGGCCAUAAAAAAAAUAAGUGUUUCCCUGUGGAAGGAGAAAGUUGAUACCUUCAAGAAAUGGGGUUGGUCUGAUGAAGCGUUGUCUGAAGCAUUUAGGAGGCACCCUCACUUUAUGUUGAAAUCUAUUAAAAAAAUAAAUGCUGUGAUGAACCUUUGGGUCAAUGAGUUGGGAAGGGAUCCUUUGGAACUUGUCCAUCGUCCAAUGAUUUUCGAUUUGAGUAUGGAAAAGACAAUCAUUCCAAGGGCCCGUGUUGUCCAGCAUUUACUUUCUAAAGGCUUGAGGAAAAGUGCCAACUUUGUGUAUCCGAUUAGUAUUCCUGAAAAGUUAUUUCUUGCAAGGUUUGUGACAUGUUUUAAGGAGGAAUCAUCUCAACUAUUAAAGCUGUAUCAGGAAAAAGUUAGUGUUCAAGGA